GCCAAGAAGCAUUUUACGUCCGAAAAUCGUGUGAACGCGCCCUGCUACUCCAAGAUGCAUCGACUACUGAUUCUGAGAGUGCUGCUCGGCUCGGCGAUACUCCUGGCUACGACGUCGGCCGUCCCGACGCCAUCGAAUCAGGAGCAACAUCCUUCGAGCGAAGUGGACUGCCUCGAGCACGAGAAGAACCUCUUGAGCUGCAUCGCCGUCAAGGCCGUCGGAGUCCUGAAGCGAGCCGCUCGCUCCAGCGACAUUCGACUCCUCGACGGAAUCAGCUUCGUCCGCGACGGACCCAUGGAGCGAACCGCAAAGGCACACAGCCCAAUCAAAAGUGAAGCUGAACUGAUGAACGAGCUACCACGUGACGCCACGGACAGAACCAUCAAGCUGGCAUCCAUGCUCUACGAGUCGGCCGUCUCCUUCCUCAAGAGUCACACUCUGAGGAUCAGCAUGCCCGAAGGUGGACAGGACUCUAUCGCACGGUCCUUCGUCGAAGGUCGCGGCAAGAUAAAGAAGAUGAUUCUGCCGUUGGUGGCUGCCGCCGGUGUCAAGAUCUUCGCUCUGGUACCGAUCUUACUGGGAGGUCUCGCUCUGCUGGCCCUGAAGGCACUAUUCGUCGGCAAGAUUGCUCUCUUGCUGGCCGGCAUCCUGGCCUUCCAGAAGCUGUUUGGCGGCAGCAAUGGAGCCGGUAUUUCAUCGGCGAGCAACUUUUUCAGCAAGACUGCUCAACCGGCGAGCACGUGGAUCGAACCGGCUGCUGCCUCUCCCGGAUGGGCUUCUGGCUCCUCGAACGCGGGUCAAAGUCAAGGUUACUAUAGAAGCUUCGACGCCGCCGGCGAGCUCAAGGACGCUCACGAACUAGCCUACAGCGGCCAGACCCCCGAUGUCCUCGCCACCGCCGCCAAUCAAGCCCAUUGAUUGCAUUUGUACAGAACGUUGUACCGCAGAGACUGUUAGCCCUAAUAUUUAUCCAUAAUAUUAUGUCAUAUUUAAUGCUGAUCACUAAUAAAUUAUUCAAUAUGAA